AUGCCUCAAAAACCAGUGAUUGUUCGUGCACUGUACGACUACAACCGCCAACAUACAGAUGAGCUUUCAUUCAAAAAAGGCGAUGUGCUAACAGUGGAGCAACAGUUGGAGGGUGGUUGGUGGGAAGGCAGCUUUAAUGGAAUUGUUGGCUGGUUUCCAAGCAAUUAUGUAACCUUUGCUGCUGUUAGUACAGACGAAGAGGUCAAUUUGAAAACUGAUGAAGGUUUGUUAAUUCACCUACAGAGCUUUCAGAAAGAAAUUAUACAACAUAUUCUUGAAGGUGAAUUGAGACAGGUCAAUGAAUUAUCCCAAUUGUUGUCAAUUUUCCUGAUUCCCCUAGAACCUCUAAUCCACUUAUCAUUUUUGCACAAACUUUUUCAUUUAAGAGAUUUAUUGUCCCAAGCGAUUAAGACACAUAAGCAUUUAGCCUCAGUAUUGAGUGAAUUGAAAUGUAUCCAGGGUCCGAAACGUGUGGGUCUUUUGUUUCUCCGUUUCGCUCCAGCGAUCAAUGCCAUUGGUUGUGAUUAUUCAAAAAUAUAUUUGCAUGUGAUAACGGGAUUGAAAGAACAUAUUAUAGAAGUUACACGACAUAUGGCUUCGUUCAGCGUUAGUUUUCAAAUGUCCCAUUGUGAGCAACAACUGGCUUUGGUAUUUGAACGUCUGGGUCGUUAUCCUUUGCUAUUGAAAGAGAUGGAGCGCUAUUUAGAGGAGUCACAUAUCGAUCGGGCUGAUAUUCUCAAUGCAAUACAUGUCUACGCUGAAAUAUCUGAAAGAUGUGCAAUCCUUAGAAAAUUUAAAGAAUAUGAUAUCGAUUUAUUGUUGUCAAAGAUAAAUGGAUGGCAAGGAAAACCUAUUCAAGAACUUGGUGAUCCAAUUCUCACUUUACAUAUUCUACUGGUCAGCAUACAAACGUAUGAGUCACAAGUAUUUCCGGAUUUCAUUUGUACAGACGCUAUAAGGAAGAAAUCACAAUAUUCUGUAUUGGUUAUUUUUCCCACAUGUGUCGUCUUAUUGCUGAGAACAAAUCUGUUCAAUGUUUAUGAUUACGCUACCAAGAUUCCACUGAAUCUCCUUGCUGUGAAUAGUUCAACUGAAAGUGAAACCAGCUUUGAUUUGCUAGUUAAAGAUUCAAACUCAACCAAUGUGGAUUUUAUACCAUCGUGUAAAAUAUCAUUCGAUUGUGCAGGUCAUAAUGCUAGAGAUCUCCUAGUGUCUACACUGACUGAUCUCGUACAAUACCAUACUCAGGAUGGACAACAACAGACAACGGAUGUUGCCCAAAGUAGUGCAGAAGAAACUCAAAAUAUCCCCGUUGAUCCUGUUAAUUUAUCCGACCAAAUUCGUACUGGUAAACUGACCAACUGGUCAUGGAAUGAAUACUUACCACAGGAUGAAUGGUGUACAACAUCAAACGUGGUUGAAAAUCAAAAUUUCCAGUCACACUACCAUCACCGUGAUACUCAUCCACAUCAUCAAUCUGAAAUGAUGAUGACAACAACUAUGAUGGAAGAAUCUUUGAAUUCCAAGUUGUCUAAUACUACGGAAAAUUUAAGUAAUCAGCAAAAUUCAUUGAAAGGUAUUGCUAAAAUCUCUUUAGCCAAUAAUAAUCAGGAUGAUAUCGUAGACAUUGUCAACACUACAAUCACUACCACCAAUGAUAAUAUCAGUAAUAAUGAGAAACUUCGUCUAUCAUCGUUGAAAAGAAAUAAAGUGUCUAGACCAUUAACUGAACCACCAGGCAAUAGUAUAAGCAUUGAACAAUUGAAUAUCGAAUCUGAACGACACCAACAAAAACAACAGUCCUCCUCUAUUGUGCCAAAAUUAAUCACCGAUGCCUGUCAUUCAAAGCAAAUCUCAUUGGGAUUAGCUGGGUAUUGUGAAGUUCCAGUCUCAGAUGUACUGAUAACAUCAUCAUCUUUAAAGCUAAGAUUUCUACCUCAUAAAAUCAUCACUGAUGCACAUAUUCGUUGGUUUGAGAAGGAUACGUCAGCCAUGGAUAAGCAAUUGAAACAGUUAUCUACUGAUCCAUCGGUUACUGUCCCGAAUAGAAAUAAAGAAGAGACAACAGUAUCAUCAUCAUCAAAUAGUGCUUUAACUCAUGCUAUUCGUUAUCUUCGUAUUGAUGGUCCAUUGGAUUUCUUUCAUCCUAGCGAUAGAACUGGUUCCGUGAAUGGUUUAAAUAGCAUAGGACUUUCAAGUGCAGCUAAUGUUAUUGGCGGGUUUUCCAGUAAUACCGUGGUUUUUAGUGGUGAUAACACAACGUCUGGUGCUUCAGUGGACAAUCGUGUACGACCUCAAAGUCCUAAGAUGGUUGAAUCAGCUAAAGAAUCACGUCGUAAACGGGGCGGGACUUUACAACUUUUAUGUAAUCAUCGACAGAAAAGUGCCAUCACUGUGGAGGAUGUUUUACGUUCUGUGGGGAAAAUACAUGAAAACGAACUUCGUGCAGCGGAUGAUGCAAAAAUUCUACAAGUUAUUGAGGCAUAUUGUGCUAGUUCAUGGACUCAGCACAGUUGUCGAACGUUGGAUUCUGUAAAAAUUAAUUCUCGCGUAGGUCAGUCUAUUCUAUCUCCAAUCGAGACAAAAACCUUACUACAGCAUUUUCUACAUCCAAAGAAAUUGGGAUCUUCUACGUCUACAUCUUCAUCUUCUUGUGUACAUUUUCUUCAGCAUGAAUUGAAUUCACCUGUAACUACCACCACCGCUGCUGCCGCCAUGGCUGAUACAAAAUUACCUCGACAAAGUUUACCUCAUUCUUUACUUGUAUCAAAAUCAUCCUUGAAACGCUCUGAAUCAAAGAAUAAAUCACAAACGUGUCUAUCACGCGACUCUACUGUUUAUCGCAAUCAACCUUCGACUAGUAUUAUUACUAAUACAUCGUCCGUCAGUAAUACUAUUCCCGGUUCUACUAUAAAUUCAAGCAUUUCAUCUCAGCCUAGUCAGUUAUCAAAUUACAAACAGACAACACAAGGCGGCUGUGGUGGCGAAUCGAUUAUUCAAACCUUCUCACCACCUCCUGUUGUUUUGCCUACACGAAGUGGUCGACGAUAA